AUGUCUCAGCUCAGUGAUCUUCUCGCUUAUCAUUCGGGGAACUCCAUCGAGGCUAUCCUCCAGUCUUUCCGACAUACCUUCACAAAAAAAUCCUAUAAACGCGCUGUUUCUGACUUUUACUCUGAUCUGGGAUAUUAUGUGUAUCAACAAAGAAGUAAUAACAACAUGUAUCAACUUAACAUGUCUUUCAGUAAGACCUCAAUCAAAAUCAUUGAAGGAAAAAUCAACAUUGUACAUUUCGCAGAUCUUAGUUCCGCCAUUCUCCAUCAAAAGGAUGAGCGACAUAUCUUAGAAUUAUCCAUCGCUUCACUUGAAAAGAUAGUUAUUAGUCCAACAUCAUUGGCCCCAUCGAAAAGUAAAACAUCAUUUAGAAAAGAUCACUCAGAAGUAGAAGGUUUUGACUUGACGGCCUUGAAACUGGAAAAUGUCAUGAGAGUUGAACUAGAUGACAACGUAUUCUACAAAAUCGCAUCCUUUUGGGAAGUAUUUUUCGAGGAUAAGAGUUGGUCCAAACAGACUUCUCGCAUAUGGGAAAGCUAUCAGAAGUAUGAGAAUGCCGAGAAGAAGGAGAGAUUAUUAAAACUUCAGAAAUUGAAAUUGCCGGAAGAGAUUCGUCAACAGGAAAACCUGCAUAAAGCAAAAAGUGAGAAGAUACUGGAAAUAAACAUGCCAGAAAGUGAGGUAUGGGACUGGCUCCAUUUUUUUAGGCAAACAUUUUUAGAUCAGCUCAAAGGCCCGUCACCAAAACGGUCGACAAAAUAUCCACUAUUCAUUGAAAAGCCUUUCUCCCAGUUGCGUGGACAGUAUUGUCGUACGGAACGAACGGGAUGCGCGCUGAAAUCUAAGGGCAAAACCCAACUUGAUUUUCUGGUCAAAAGUAUCGACUUGCCUAAUGACGGUUCUGCUGAUUGGGAGAAUAUAAAUGUGCUCGGAGAGUUUACCCAAUCACCUAGCGACGACCUUAGGAAAAAAAAGUUUAUUCAAUUGUCAAGGUCUGUUCGAGAGGUCUUCUGCGCUCAGCCGUUGCGUCGGUUUCUGCAUGGUUUCUGCAUGUUCGGAGGCGAAUUUGAGCUCUGGCUUUUUGAUCGAUCGGGUGCCUACAGCACAGGACCAAAAAAGAUUGUUGAUGACAAGGAGAUGUUCGUUCGAGCAAUAAGCUCGUAUCUUCUGAUGAGCAGUGAAGAACUCGGCUGCGACAUGUCUAUCCUACAGAAUGGAGAAGAUAGAUUUGUCCAGUUUCCCAAAAUUGGAGAUGUUCAAGGUCCAUUUUUCGAGAUCAAACCUGAACCUACAGUGCAACCAACGAGGCUAAUAACUCGAGGUACAACCUGCUUUGAAACGAAGGAUGAGAUGACGAUGAUCAAGUACUCGUGGGCGAGUUCGAAAGAAAACACCGAGAUUGAAUUCCUGAACAUUGCUAAGACUGUGCGAGGUGUCGUAAACAUUAUAGCUUCCGAAGUGAUAUAUGACACCAAAUCUCACAUGGAUAGCCUAGAUAUUUCCAUUUCUCUGCCUUGGGAUUUAAGAGCUGACGACAAGUAUAUCUCCGAGGGCCAUAACACAAGUGAGAAACCAACUCUCUCCUAUGAGAGAAACCGCCGACUUGUUAGAAUAGCCAUGACACCACGUGGCCGACCACUCUAUUCCAGUGGGACGAUUCUUGAUUUUGUUGCGGGCAUUCGAGAUGCCAUCAUGGGUCAUGAGGGACUGGUGGGUAAAGAGAUCCUCCAUGGAGAUAUCUCUGAAGGGAAUAUAAUUUUGUUGAAGCCAUCUCCAGCCAAUGACUUACAUGGUAUGUUGAUUGAUCUCGAUCACUCAGUUAGGAUGAAAGGAAAUUUGGCCUUGGAAGAGAGACAGUCCUUGACGGGCACCAUAAAAUUCAUGGCGCUUGAGAGGUUGGAGCACGCUCGUGACACAGGAAAGUCUAUCAGACGAACUUGUCGUCAUGACCUGGAGUCAUUUUUCUAUGUGUUCAUCGUUGGAUGCAUAGAAUAUGAAGACGUACCUGCAGACAAGGCCAAAAAUUUAGAUCGUUGGUGCACGAAUGAGGUGGAAAACAACUUCAUAAACAAAAGCUAUGGUGUCGUACAUUUUGACAAAGAAAUCCUCAAGAAAUUCACGACCAGUUUCAAAGGGUUAAAGGAUUUAGCGAAGAUGCUUCGGAUAAUAUUGUUUAAUGAUGACGGAGAAUAUAUUGAGACACCACAAGAUUGUGGACCUCUUUAUAGAAAAAUCAUCAAGGCAUUUGACAAAACUAUCGAGGAUAUCAAAAUUGGAAGAAUCGAGAACAAAUAUUUCCAAGCACGUCGAAAAUAA